AUGGGUGUCCUUGAGCAGCUCAACCGCAAGGCCGGUGUCAUCGUCGGCGACGACGUCCUGCGUCUCUUCGAGUACGCCCAGGAGAAGCAGUUCGCUAUCCCCGCCAUCAACGUCACCUCCUCCUCCACUGUCGUCGCUGCCCUCGAGGCCGCCCGCGACCAGAACUGCCCCGUCAUCCUCCAGACCUCCCAGGGCGGUGCCGCCUACUUCGCUGGCAAGGGUGUCAGCAAUGACGGCCAGAAGGCCUCCAUCGCCGGUGCCAUCGCUGCUGCCCACUACAUCCGCAGCAUUGCCCCCGCCUACGGCAUCCCCGUCAUCCUCCACACCGACCACUGCGCCAAGAAGCUCCUUCCCUGGCUCGACGGUAUGCUCGACGAGGACGAGCGCUACUUCAAGCUCCACGGCGAGCCCCUCUUCUCCUCCCACAUGAUCGAUCUGUCUGAGGAGCCUGUCGACUACAACAUCCAGACCACCCAGGCCUACCUCAAGCGCGCUGCCCCCCAUGAAGCAGAGAUCGGUAUCACCGGUGGUGAGGAGGACGGUGUCAACAACGAGGAUGUUGACAACAACUCCCUCUACACUCAGCCCGAGGACAUCCUGGCCAUCCACAACGCCCUGUCCGCCGUCAGCCCCUACUUCUCUAUCGCCGCUGGCUUCGGUAACGUCCACGGUGUCUACAAGCCCGGUAACGUCCGCCUGCACCCUGAGCUGCUCUCCAAGCACCAGGCCUACGUCAAGGAGCAGACCGGCUCCAAGAAGGACAAGCCCGUCUUCUUCGUCUUCCACGGUGGCUCCGGCUCCUCCAAGGCCGAGUACAAGGAGGCCAUUAGCUACGGUGUCGUCAAGGUAAACGUCGACACUGACAUGCAGUACGCCUACCUGUCCGGUGUCCGUGACUACGUCCUGAACAAGAAGGACUACCUCAUGUCCACUGUCGGUAACCCCGAAGGUGCUGACAAGCCCAACAAGAAGUUCUUCGACCCCCGCGUCUGGGUUCGCGAGGGUGAGAAGACAAUGUCCAAGCGCACCCAGGAGGCUCUUGAGGACUUCAACACUUCCGGCCAGCUGUAA